CUGCAAUCCCACUCAGAACAACAACAACUACUGUGUUAGUUUGUUAGUGUCUGCAUCUCUAUCCAUCAUUACAAUCCAAACUCCCUUUCUCUGUAAACACACGUGAUUGGGUUGUAAUCACACAGAAGUGAAUCAGUGAUCAAUCCCCUCGGAAGGGUUUUCAGAGAUUUUAUCCAAAAGGGUUUUGCUUGCAUCAUUAUCUUCUUUAGAUCGUGUUUGAAUUUCUAUCAAUGGCGGAAACAGCUAAAGAGAAGUUAUUGGAUAACCAUAUUGAGAAACAUUUUACUGCAGGUGCAAUUGUGAGAGAUGUGAUUAUUGGGGUUUCUGAUGGUCUCACCGUUCCGUUUGCUCUUGCUGCUGGUCUUUCCGGUGCUAAUGUUGGGUCUUCUAUUAUUGUCACCGCUGGUCUUGCUGAAGUUGCUGCUGGUGCCAUAUCCAUGGGUCUCGGAGGGUAUCUUGCGGCAAAAAGCGAAGAGGAUCAUUAUCAUAGGGAGCUGAAGAGAGAACAGGAGGAGAUCAUCAAUGUCCCUGAUACAGAGGCUGCUGAGAUUGAGGAGAUUCUCGCAGAGUACGACCUGCAACCACAUGAAUAUGCACCUUUGGUGAAUGCUCUCCGAAAGAAACCCCAGGCAUGGCUGGAUUUUAUGAUGAAGUUUGAACUCGGAUUAGAGAAGCCUGAUCCAACAAGAGCAUUAGAGAGUGCAUUCACAAUUGCGUUUGCUUACAUUUUAGGUGGAUUGGUACCUCUCCUUCCUUACAUGUUCAUCCCGGACGCUGUCAAAGCCAUGCUAACCUCAGUGGCCGUUACUUUGAUAGCACUGCUUUUCUUUGGCUUUGUUAAGGGUCACUUCACCGGAAACCGACCUUUCAGAAGUGCUUUUGAGACAGCUCUAAUUGGGACAAUCGCCUCUGCUGCAGCUUAUGGAAUAGCUAAGCUUGUACAAGCAAAAUGAGCUAAAGAGAGGAUCCAAACCGCCAAAUUUUAUAUAUGUAGUGAAGCGAGCUUAGUUGAUGCAUCUCUAGUAGAAGGAAUAUUACUAUGUGGAGAAAAUAGGAUGAGUUAUUAGGACUAAAAAUCUUUAAAUUUUUUCAAUGUAAUAAAUUAUUAGGAUUUCUGAUCAUUCAUAUUAGAGUCUUUGGUUAUCUCUAUAAAUCACUGGAGCUCCGGGCAUCAGAUUUGGUUGACAUAAGCUUUUCCAAGCCAGGAGAUUGAUUCUUUCAGAUGGAGUACUUUGAUUCGAGAGAUCAAUCUGUAUAAAUCCGGCCUAAACCAAGAAAUGGCCGUUCCAGACUUGCUUUGGUCACAAAGUGAAGGAGAAGGGUUGGUCUAGGGAGGGAAGCGUAGAGAGUGUUGAGACCAGAAUAGUUGAUUCGAAAUAGAUGGGAAAGCUAACCAGUGAUUUAUGAGUAUUGUAUUAUCCUGAUUUCGAAUCAGAUUCUUAGGCAAUUGAAACUUAAAAGCAGACCUGCCAGUUUGGGGUAAGAUUUUUUACCUUUCCUGUUCUGCAACCUUGCUUCAAAAAAAUUCACUGUU